AUGUAAUAGCAUAGAAAGGUUAGUACUGAUUCUAAAUAUCUUGAUUUGGACAUAGUUUAAGAAUACAUCAAAUAGGAUUUGGAUUAGAAUGAGUAUUUCCGUUAUGAACAUGACAUUGAUUUUGAUAUUCCAGAACAAGAUGAAUUUUUUGAUUGUCUCGAUUCUAUAGAUGAGCCUCCUUAGAUUGAACGUUUCAAUUAGAUAAAAUUGCACACCAUGAGGAUUAGUAGGAAGCAGCGAGUGGAAGACGAGUUGACCCAGCCUCCUGAGAAGGAAGAUCAAUUAUAGUUGUCGAUAGAAUCUAUGGAAGAGGAAUUCCAAUAUUAAGACGAAAUGUAUGAUAUAAAGCAAAUUGAGAUUGAUAAACGUAAGGUUAUUUCGAUCUUUACACUGAAGCAAGACUAUUUUGAUAACAAACACAAUCACACUCAGUUUCUCAAGAAUGUCGAAUUGUUGAGACAGAAAAAUAUUCAUCUGGAAGAAUUUUACACCUACAUCAAAGAAUUGGGGUUAGGUUGUGGCUUUAGUUUAGAUUAGAUCAGAUAUGAGUUACUCCAACAAUUUAUUACUGGAUUGGUUGAAAUUGUUAAGUUCAUAGAUGAUAUGUUUAGAUUCCAGAGUAGGUGGUUGGAAAGAGAACCCAUCAUCACCUUGUAGAAUAUCUUCUAAGCAUUUUCAUUCUAAUGGGAACGAUUCUAGGAUUACACCACUGCCUUGAUAGAUAAAUCAGCAAUCAGCAAAAUUAGAAGCAACAACAAGAUAAUCGACUAUGAUUCCUUGUAAUUCAAAAAGGGCAUUGACUUUUGUCUUACUUAAAUAGAUGAACAAUAGAAUGACGGUGCAGAUUUCAAUAUCCAAUAAAGCAAUUAGGAAAGUUUGAUCCUGUUCAAGGUCUUCGAAUUGUUGAGGUUGAAUGAGCACUUUUUGCAUAUCAGCAAAUAGAACCAAAAAGCCAAGAGAAUCAAGAGUUAUUUUGCAAAAUGCAGAUCUCGCAUCAAACUUUAUUUGUUGUUAAAAAACAAGGUGAAGUUCCAAUUCAAAAACAAGCGAAAAUCUCAAGUGUCGUUACAUCAUAAUAUCACUGAAAAAUACCUCUUUAUUGAUCCCAAUUCCAUCCAGUUGGAAAAUACUUUUCAUAUUUUUGAAGAAGUCUCGUAACCUAAUUUGAUCAGAGUCAAGAUGCAAAGAUCUGCGAUUAAAAAUUUAAACUCUAAUUUUAAUACUAUAAAGGAUUAUGAUUACUAUUAAUGA